GCGGCGACGCCUGGAGGCGGAGACGGAGUUGGAUUUAAUGCAUUUGUGGAAAAGGAAAUUUGGGAUGCUAAGAAAAUAGUAGAGUACUAUAACACUGCAAUGGAGGAAAAUGACAUGUAUGCGAACAAAGUAUGGGUGCAGUGUGAAGAUGAAAGUUGUCUGAAAUGGAGAUUGUUGUCAAGUGAGGCUUCAGGAAAAGUUAACCACAAUGAACCUUGGUACUGCUUCAUGAACACUGAUUCAAGAUAUAAUAAGUGUUCUAUUUCUGAAGAAGACUUUCCUGAAGAGUCUCAGCUUCAUCAGAGUGGAUUUAAGAUUGUCUAUUCACAACUCCCUCUUGGAAGCCUAGUUUUGGUAAAACUACAGAACUGGCCAAGUUGGCCAGGGAUACUUUGCCCCGAUCCUUUUAAAAGGAAAUAUGUGACCUAUGACCUCGAUGGAAAUGUUGAAAAGUAUCACAUAGAAUUCUUGGGUGAUCCCCAUUCACGAUCCUGGAUAAGUGCAACAUUUGUUGAAUAUUACAGUAUCACAUUAAAGCCAGGAAAAUGCAAGAAUAAAAGGAAGUGGUAUGAAAGUGCCCUACAAGAAGCAUGCCUUCUCCAUGGAUAUUCUCAUGAGCAAAGAUUGCAAAUGUGCUGCAUAUUAAAACCUGAUAAAUCCAAAGCAGAUGCCAGAGUUGCUUCAGGGUCCAAGAGAAAGAUGCAGGUUUCUAGAAAUAAUACUGAAAAGAGAAAGCCCAUAUUUAGAAAAAGGAAAAGGAAAGCUGUUUUAAAAUCCGCUUUUGACAAUGUUUGUUCAGAUGAUGCCUUAUCAAAGGAAAACAUGGUUGUCUCUGAGACGGAAAUUUUACUUAAAGAGCUGGAACAAAUGCUACAGCAAGCAUUAGAGCCCACAACACCUGAUGGAUAUGAAGAGGAAUGUGGAGAGGAAAUAAACAUGGAAGAAAAGUUACCUAAAUGUGCUCCUGAAGCUCCGGUAGGCAGCCCAUUGGAAAACCACUGUGAAGAGAACUGUCUUGUGAUUGAUGGGAUGACGUUAAAAGCUGGAGAAUGUAUUGAAAAUAUAACUGAUAAGUUUAAAGAAAUAGAUGCUUUGAUGUCUGAAUUAUAG